AUGUCUGCGUGCGUAAACUGCGGUCCGUCACCUCCUGCUUUCCCGAAGCCAGAGAGCCGGAGAUCGAAGAGAUUAAAUCACUCUGUUCUAGCUUCUGAUGAAGAAAACAACUUGGCUGAACUUCCAGAAGUAAAAGACAGAUCUUCAGUAAAUGAAGGACUCCAAAUGCCGGUGCUUUCACUAGACAAUGGGCAAAAUGACUUCAUACCGGAUGAGCUUCUCUCUAAUCUCACCUCAACUGUAUGCCCACAAGACAGAGACCAGUACAACAAAACUUACAAACACCCAAAGGUUUGUGGAAUACGUGCACCGGAUGCAGUAUGGCACCACAACACUGGCCGCAAAAAAUACCACUACUUUCUCGACCAGCCAACAUCUGUGACUGGAGCUGGCAGGGAUAUAUCCUUUCUGUGUGACGCUUUGGCAGCUCAGAGGCAGCGAAUCUUCCUCCCGCCCAUGCCUGAGAGGGCCACCAUUUCUUUGCAAGAUAGUCAAAAGGAUACAAAUUCUACGGAGACCUUAAUCCCAGAGGAAUACCAUAUAAUGACAAAUAAAGGAGUGAAAGCACUGCAGUGUUAUGAUGAUAAAUAUACAGUUCUGCUAGAGGAUGAGAAAAAAGGACUUAAAAUCUUUCCAUCAAUGAGGCCGAGUGGGCGCUUGGAGGCAGCGCAGCUGAUGAGGGUAAUGGAUGAUAUGCUGGAAAAGGCAGGUGCCAAUCAAGAGUUUGAGGGGGUCAAAGGCCUGUCACAGCUACAGGGUCUGCUGGAGUUGGUGCGGGUGGAGCAGAACAUCUACAACAUCGUGUUUCAUGAGUUAAUCCGGCAGGUGAGCGUGGAGUGUAGAGAGAGGGGCCAGCUACUAGCUAAACUCAGGCACAGGUAUGUGACUCUGUUAGACCGAAUCCCACGUCAGCUCAUAAGUCUGCAUACAGAGACUCUGGCACAGAGAGCUCUGGACCGCCGGCUGACUGAAGAGAUCAUCUGCUUCAAGCACUCUAUUACACAACUCAAUAAAGAGCUAAAUCAGCUGUGUGAUCAUGAUGAGCAUGUAUUCAAGCAGGCUGAAAAGGCCCAGGAGGAUCUGGCUAAAGCACUGAAGCAAUCACAGCUUGACUCUGACCUUGUUGGGGAGUAUCACAGUCUAUAUGAACUGCAGAGGCAGAGGCUGGAGGGGCAAGUGGCUGUACUGACUGAAGAGAAGGACUUAUGGAGCAAGGCCACAUACAGCAUCGCUCUCAAGGUUAUUAAAUUAAACAACCUGCAGCUGAUCAACAGACUUCAUGUUAGUGAGCAAGCAUGGAGCAAAACAGCAGAGCAUUUCACUAAUGUCCUGAUAGCAAAGGACUCUGAGAACCUGAGUCGCAUCAUGCAGCUGACAGACCAGUGGAAAGAGCAGCUGACCGGUUUCAUGGAGAAACUCAGAGAGACUGAAAAAAAACAGUAUGAGAGUAUCAGGUCCAUCCAGAUUGGCCUUGUCAGGUGGCACAAGUUCUGUGAGGAUAACCUGAGGAGCCCUGAUGUAAAAUUUGAAAAAACUUCGGUGGAGGUGUUGUGUAAUGACUUGAAGCAGUGGUCGAUGGUGUUGAGCAUGCUGUGUGAGAGGUAUGGAGGAGCAGACCUUCUCUCUGGUCAAGAGACAAUUCAGACACUAGAGCAGCUGCAGGAUUCGUGGGUGGAGGUGUGUAUGCAGCUGUUCAGGAGACAUCCAGCAUUAGAUAAAGAGGCUCCUAAUGGUCAGGCAGCCAUGAGAGAACUGAGCCACGCUAUCACUGAGCUGUACACACAGCUGGGUAUCCGAAUUGAUGGAGAGAGCGGAAUUCAUCAACAGUUGAUUACUCUUGCUGGAGUAAUUGGAUCCUGGGCUAAUAGACUGAAGAGUCUUAUUGGACAGUUAGACCUGGUACAUCACUCUGAAUGGUGGAAGCUUGAGAAGGCCCUAGGAAGCUGUAUAAAUAUGUGUGAAGAGGCCCUGGUAAAUGUGAACAACACCCAGGCAGAGAGUGAGAAGAUAAAGCAGAAGCCUCAUACCAAGAUUGAAAUCAAUGAUGUCCUGAACAUGCUGAGGGAGUUUGUCUCAUCUCAAAACAACUUUUAUGACUACACAAACCUGACACUUUGUGAGGAGGUCAACUCUUUGCAUGCUCUGCAAACUCGCUGGAUGGUGGAUCUUCUGCUACUUAUGGUGCCAGACCAGUGUGAUGGCCAAGAGCCACAUUCUCCACCAAGCCCAGAAUUAAAUGUCUUUAAGGAUGUGUCUUUUCAGAAGCUAAAGGAAGAUGCCAGGAAUCUUUCACAGAAACUCAACUACUUCUCCAAAUACAUCACAAGUUCUUGCCAGGCUAUCGUCGAGGAGAUGAUGCAAAAGAAUAUGACUCAGGAUGAUGCAGAAAAUGAAAUUUACCAGCUCAACAAGCUUCAGGGGGAGUGUGCCGAGUGGGUGGACAUCUGUCAGAUCCUGCUGUGUGAGUUGAUGGGACGCCAUUUGGAGCUGCCACUGCCUGACGAAGCUGUUCCCAAGUUCAUCACUGACCUCUCUUCAUCUGUGGAGAGGGUAGACUCUCCAGUUGAUGUAUAUGCCACUCAAGAAAGGCCAGCAGAAGUCAAUGAAGAUGAGAAGGCAGCUGUAACAGCAGGAGGAAGACCUUAUAUUUCCCAAAAAAUGAAUAAGCAGGUGGAGGAAAGGGAAGAGGAUGUCAGUGAGAAUGAAAAAAGAAGCUCAGUCAUGAAGCUUAUAGGCCAUGAUGGCCAAAUUAUUGAACAGAUAUUGGGAGAAGAACCAUUGGACAUCACUGGGACCAGUUAUCCUAUGGAUCCAUGCUCUGAGAAAGCACAGCAGACUUUUAGUGCACUGUGUACUUUGGAGCUUCUUCAGCAGGAGCUACUAGCUGUGGAGGCUCGUGCUAUCAGUGCUGAAGAGAGGGCUCUAAAGGCAGAGGAAGCCCUUCAGACAGCUUUGGAGAGGAUCCAUGAUUUAGAGAGACAACUUCCACAAAGAGCCAGUCUAGAAACCAAAGCAAGUAAGUCUGUUUCACCAGUUGCUAACAAGGAGGCCAUUCUUGAACUGAAAGAAGUGAGCCAGCAGCCCACACCAAGCCCCAAACCAACUAAAAGCAGCAAGAAACACUAACACAAC